CUUAGGUGAUGCUGCAGCCAAGAUGGCGCCGGCGGCGGCCACGGCGGCCUGAGAGCGAUGCUCGCGGUCUUCGGCACCAGCGGCGGCGGCUGUGGCCUCGGCCGGGGCCUCUGGUCUCUCCCGGGCGUGAGCGCUCAGGCGACUCUCCCCCGGCCGGGUUAGUCCGGACAACAAGGAAGCGGCCACGAAGAGAGGAGGCAGUGAGAAACGCGGAGAGAGCGCGACGCCUCCUGCCGCGGCACCAUGGCUGGGCUCAUCAAGAAACAGAUCCUGAAGCACCUCUCCAGCGAUCCCUGCUGGCUGUGGUGGAGAUUGGUGUGCUGUGAAUUUCAUAAUCAAGGAGUCUAAGAAACCCUGGCAACUGACUACUUGCUUUCACCAGGAAUAGGGACCCUUUGUCUGAAUUUCCUGCCCUCAGAUUUACUAAAAAUUUAUCUCCUGACAAGAUAAAUCUAAGUACCCUCAAAGGAGAAGGUGAACUGAAGAAUUUGGAGUUGGAUGAAGAGGUGCUCCAGAAUAUGUUGGAUUUGCCAACAUGGCUUGCUAUCAACAAAGUUUUUUGUAAUAAAGCAUCUAUUAGGAUUCCAUGGACAAAAUUGAAAACACAUCCCAUCUGUUUGUCCCUGGAUAAAGUAAUAAUGGAAAUGAGUACAUGUGAAGAACCACGAAAUCCUAAUGGCCCAUCACCAAUUGCAACUGCUUCAGGACAAAGUGAAUAUGGCUUUGCUGAAAAAGUAGUUGAGGGAAUUACUGUUUCUGUAAAUUCCAUUAUUAUCCGCAUUGGAGCAAAAGCUUUCAAUGCAUCCUUUGAACUUUCCCAGCUAAGGAUCUAUAGCGUAAAUGCAAACUGGGAACAUGGAGAUUUAAGAUUUACUCGUAUUCAACAUCCACAGAGAGGAGAGGUUUUGACGUUUAAAGAAAUAAAUUGGCAGAUGAUUCGAAUAGAGGCAGAUGCUACUCAAAGUUCACAUCUUGGAAUUAUGUGUGCUCCUGUUCGAUUAAUAACCAACCAAUCAAAAAUCAGAGUCACACUUAAAAGAAGAUUAAAGGACUGCAAUGUUAUUGCAACAAAGUUAGUUCUAAUAUUGGAUGACUUAUUAUGGGUUUUAACGGAUUCCCAGUUGAAGGCUAUGGUACAAUAUGCAAAAUCUCUUAGCGAAGCAAUAGAAAAAUCAACAGAACAAAGGAAGAGUAUGGCUCCAGAACCUACGCAGAGCUCUGCGGUAGCCCCAUCUACCCAACAAGUGAAGACACCACAGACCUCAAAUGCUCCUGAUCUAAAUGAUGCAAUUGUGAAACUAUUCAAUGACUUUGAUGUUAAAGAAACCUCUCAUCACUUGGUGAUUUCUCAUCUAGAUCUACACAUAUGUGAUGAUAUUCAUGCUAAAGAAAAAGAGUCAAAUAGACGUAUUACUGGAGGGGCUAUGCAACUGUCUUUUACACAGCUAACUAUAGAUUAUUAUCCUUAUCACAAAGCAGGGGAUAGUUGUAAUCAUUGGAUGUAUUUUAGUGAUGCAACUAAAACAAAAAAUGGAUGGGCCAAUGAGUUGUUACAUGAAUUUGAGUGCAACGUUGAAAUGCUUAAGCAGGCUGUAAAGGAUCAUAAUGUAGGUUCACCUCCUAAAUCCCCAACACAUGCCUCUCCCCAGCACACACAAACAGAGAAAGACUCAGCUCUGAAAGGGACUUCCAGAACACCUUCAGUAUUAUCUCAACAAUCCAAAGCUAAGUUAAUGUCUAGUUCUGUUGUGGUUAGACUUGCAGAUUUCAAUAUAUACCAGGUCUCUACAGCAGAACAAUGUCGUUCUUCCCCCAAGAGUAUGAUUUCUUGCAAUAAGAAAUCCCUGUAUCUUCCACAGGAAAUGUCAGCUGUCUAUAUAGAAUUCACAGAAUAUUACUAUCCAGAUGGAAAGGAUUUUCCAAUUCCAUCUGCCAACCUUUAUAGCCAACUGAAUGCACUACAGUUUACUGUGGAUGAAAGAAGUAUUCUAUGGUUAAAUCAAUUUCUGUUGGAUUUAAAACAGAGUCUUAAUCAAUUUAUGGCUGUAUACAAGUUGAAUGACCAUUCAAAAUCUGAUGAGCAUGUUGAUAUUCGAGUUGAUGGCUUAAUGCUAAAGUUUGUCAUUCCUUCUGAAAUGAAAUCUGAAUGUCAUCAAGAUCAACCACAUGCAGUUUCUAUUCAGAGUUCUGAAAUGAUUGCCACAAAUACAAGGCAUUGUCCAAACUGUCGACAUUCUGAUCUAGAAGCUUUGUUUCAAGACUUUAAAGAUUGUGAUUUUUUCAGUAAAGCAUAUACCAGCUUCCCCAAAUCUGGUGACAAUUUUAAUCUUUUGCAUCCAAUCUUCCAGAGACAUGCUCAUGAACAAGAUACUAAAAUGCAUGAAGUUUAUAAAGGAAAUAUUACUCCCAAGUUGAAUAAACACACUCUUAAAACUUCUGCUGCCACAGAUGUUUGGGCUUUGUACUUUUCUCAAUUUUGGAUAGAUUAUGAAGGGACAAAGAGUGGGAAAGGGCGACCAAUAAAUUUUGUAGACUCUUUCCCUCUUUCCAUCUGGAUUUGCUUACCAACAAGGUAUGCAGUGUCACAAAAAGAGCUACAGUCUUGUAAUCAAGUAUGUCUAAAUACAUCACGAAGUGAAUCUAGUGAUCUGACUGGCCGUCUCAAGCGGAAGAAGCUCUUGAAAGAGUAUUACAGUACAGAAUCUGAGCCCUUGACAAAUGGUAGUCAGAAACCUUCAGAUACAUUUUUAAGAUUUUCCUCUUCACCAUCAGAUGCAGAUGUUCAUGUCCUAGUUCACAUUCAUAAGCAUGUCAGUAUGCAGAUCAAUCACUACCAGUAUCUGCUCUUGCUUUUCCUCCAUGAGUCACUUAUUCUGCUUUUGGAGAACUUAAGGAAAGAUGUAGAAGCUGUGACUGGCACUCCUGCUAGUCAGGCAUCCAUUUGUAUUGGAAUUUUACUUAAAAGUGCAGAAGUGGCUCUUUUGCUACAUCCAGUGGAUCAAGGAAAUACUCUUAAGUCUCCUGUUGCUGAAAGCGUGAGCCCAAUGGUUCCUGAUUAUUUGCCUACAGAAAAUGGAGAAUUUUUGUCUUCCAAAAGGAAACAAGAUAGUAGUGGUAUAAAUCAAAUUAGAAGCGUAACUGUUAACCUCAUGUCAGACAACAGAUCUAUGAGUGUUGACCUGAGCCAUGUGCCUUCGAAGGAUCCUUUGCUUUUUAAAUCAGCUAGUGAUACAAAUCUGCAAAAAGGUAUUUCUUUUCUGGAUUGUUUAUCAGAUAAAAAUUUAGGGAAAAUAAGUGAAGAUGAAAGUAGUGGAAUUGUCUGCAAAAGUGGAUCAGGAGAAAUUGGAUCAGAAACAAGUGACAAAAAGGAUUCAUCUUAUACGGAUUCAAUUAGUGUCUUAAACCACAGAGAAGAUUCAAAUUUGCUAUCCUUUGAUACUGAUGGUAAUCAAAACAUACUUUCAAAUAGUUUAAGUAGUAGAGGACAUGAAACCAUAGAGCCAGUCUUUAAAGCUGAAGAUUUGCUUCCAGAAACAGCUUCACUCUCUGAGAACCUAGAAAUCAAUCAAGAAGAAGCACCGACAGUUAGAACACUUACAUCUCAGUCAUCUUUAAGUGGAAAGCCUAAGGAACGUAUCCUGCCCAGUCUGGCUCCACUCUGUGUUUCUUCUAAGAACAUGAAGAGAAGCUCCUCACAGACCUCACUGGAUACCAUUUCACUUGACAGUAUGAUACUGGAAGAACAGUUGUUAGAAAGUGAUGGAAGUGAUACUCAUAUAUUUUUGGAAAAAGGUAUUAAAAAGAACGUGACUACAAAUUACCAGAGCCUUGCAGACAGUGCAAAUACCAGUGCAAAGCUACAGAAUUUUGGUGAAACCUCUCCAGAUGCCAUCAGUACAAAUUCAGAGGGUGUUCAAGAAAAUCAAGACCUGAUGUCAGUUGUGGUGUUUAAAAUUACUGGUGUUAAUGGGGAAAUUGACAUCCGAGGGGAAGAUAUGGAAAUCUGUCUUCAAGUGGACCAAGUGACACCAGAUCAGUUAGGCAAUAUCAGUCUUCGGCAUUACCUUUGUAAUCGUCCAAUAGGUUCAGAUCAUAAAUCUAUAAUUCAUUCCAAAUCCACUCCUGAGAUUACUCUGAGAUUUGAGAGUGGGCCUGGUGCUGUAGUUCACUCUUUGCUUGCAGAAAAAAAUGGAUUUCUGCAAUGCCAUAUAGAAAACUUUAGCACUGAGUUUUUUACAUCUUCUCUUACUAAUAUUCAACAUUUUUUGGAAGAUGAAACUGUUGCAACAGUGAUGCCAAUGAAGAUACAAGUUUCUAACACAAAAAUUAAUUUAAAAGAUGACAGUCCUCGUAGUAGUACAAUAUCCCUUGAACCAGCUCCUGUAACUGUUCAUAUUGACCAUCUUGUGGUGGAGAGAAAUGAUGAUGGCUCUUUUCAUAUCAGAGAUUCUCAGAUGCUUAACACUGGAAAUGAUUUGAAAAAAAAAGUCAAAAGUGAUUCAGUGCUGCUUACCAGUGAGAAGUAUGAUCUGAAGAAACAACAUAGUGUCACUCAAGCCACUCAGACGAGUCCAGAGGUUCCUUGGCCUUCUCAGUCAGUUAACUUUCCUGAGUGCUCCUUUGAUUUUACUAGGGAACAGCUCAUGGAAGAGAAUGAAUCUCUUAAACAGGAAUUGGCCAAAGCUAAAAUGGCUCUUGCAGAGGCUCACUUGGAAAAAGAUGCUCUUCUUCAUCAUAUAAAGAAGAUGACAGUUGCAUAGCAGGAGUGGCAGUCAAAAAUUCAAAUUAUAGCUCUGGAGUAGGGAGGUUAUAUUUAUAAUGUUAUGUUACCAGUUAGUGGAAGACUUUCCUUUUCAUGAAAAGACAAUAAAAUGAAAUAGAAUGUGAUGAAGUGGUGACUGUUCCAAAGCCAGUUUAGUUUCUAAGUAUUAGGUAUGGCAUUACAAUCUUCUGGUUGUUUUGUGUUUUGGGGUUUAACCAAACUCUUAAACUGGUGUGAUAGAGGGAAGUCAACACAUACUGUAAAAUAAUCACAUGUCUAAUGGAAAGAAGAUGUCAUUUCCUAAUUUUGAUAUCACAUUAUAGGCACUUUUUAAAAAGAAAAAUGGAAAUCUGUUGUGUUCUCACAGAUUGCUGAUUUUAUUUAUCACUAUUUGUUAAUAAUUACUAUUAUUUACAAAGAUUCAAAUGCUUUUAGGGCUAAUGUAAUUUAAAAUGAGGCUUACAUUUUAAAUGUUAUUAGAAUUAUGUACUCAAAUCUAUAAUUAUUUAAUUACUGUGGGAAAGUCCAAUCAAGUUAAUAAAUUAUAUUGACUGGGUUCAAAAAUUCAAAAAUCAUCACCCUCCUGAUCUUAUAAAGUAACUUGAGAAUGUGAAAAAGAAAUAAUUAAAAUGAUGAAUAAAUUGUGUAAGUUAAAGGUAUAAUUUUCAGCUAAAAGGAUCAUACAAAUGUAAAAAUAAAAAGCACAAACUGUAGAAAAGCAAAACAUUACAGUAUAUGGCCAACUGAUUUAAAAAGCAUUACUUGUACAUUCCUUUAAACAGUUAUUGUUAGAAGUAAAAGAAUAAUUUAACUAUCCUAAAUUUGGCAGCAUUUGUAAGUAUAAGAAUUUUAAUUAAUACUAUUUAUAUUAUUUCUUUACCUUUAUCUUUUCUCUGAGGGGAAUGUUUUCAGAGAAUUUUCUUUUCAUAUACGUAAAAUAAUUUCAUACCAUUCUUGUAGUAUCAUUAGGUAGAUGUUUGCACAUAUUGUAUUUAUAAAGCUAGUUUUGGUUAAAGGUGUAUGUGACAUAAAUACUAUCUUCUAUAAUAAGAAUAAUUAGUAAAUUUUGAAUUCUAUUUUCUAGGGAUAGUUAAGGUUGAAACCAACAUGAGAGAGAAAAUCAUGCAUUAUGAAAUAAGUUUAUGAGUGUUUAAGAAACAGACAUUUUUAAAGAUUUAAACUAUAUUUCUGAUAGAGUUAAACUAAGUGGGGUCUAUUUUAAAAUUAACAUUCUUAAAACAUAAAUAUAUCUAAGCUGUAACAUGAAACAGCUCAGACUAUUCUUUCUUUAAGAUACUUGAAAAUUUUAAACAACAUUAUGUCACUUUAUGGUGCUUUGCUUGUUUGGCAUGACUUAUAUAGCCAUCCCUAUAUCUGAAUACUUGGAUGAAAAAACAUGUUUCAUUUACAUUAAGUGUUGGAGUGAUUUAGAUUUCACUGAAAACAAUACUGGCUUUUUUUUUUUCCUUCUGUAACAUCCAUUUUCAAUGACAUUAUUUAAAAAUACAGACCCGGGGCGCCUGGGUGGCUCAGUUGGUUAAGUGACUGCCUUCGGCUCAGGUCAUGAUCCUGGAGUCCCGGGAUCGAGUCCCGCAUCGGGCUCCCUGCUCGGCAGGGAGUCUGCUUCUCCCUCUGACCCUCCUCCCUCUCAUGCUCUCUGUCUCUCAUUCUCUCUCUCUCAAAUAAAUAAAUAAAAUCUUUAAAAAUACAGACCCUGUUUUGGGAGCUAAGGAUAUAGCAAAGAAAAAUUAAAUUGUUAAUUUUUUUACCUCAGAAUAUUUUAAAAAUCACAUUAAACCAUAUUAAUCUAAAACUAUAUCGUAGUCUUAGAUUAAAAGCAAACGUCUAGUUAAAGAUUUAAAACAUACAGCUUAUAUCCAUAGUGUAGAGUACUUUUGAUUUGUAGGUAUGUAUUCAACAAAACAGCCUCUUAUAGAAAAGCAGGAUUGAUGGGACAUUAAUGUCUUCACAGCUGACAGUUUCUCAGGAUUGACCUAUUUGCUCCAUAGAAGUUUUAAAUUUAUGGUGUAAUCAUUUAGUGUUACAGAAGCUGAAUGUUUUCCUUAUUCCUUUUCAGUUUACUUGGCCUUCUCAAGGAAAGUAUAUAAAUAAUGGAGAUGAUAAUUAACAUGGGUCUGGGUGUUCUUGUAUGCUUUGUUGGAUUUUUUUAAAUUUAUAGUGAGUACUAUUUUUAUAUAGAUUUAAAAUUCAUAAAGCACUUUGAAAAACAUUAUCUCAUGUAAUUCUCACAACAAAUCUGGGAGGUAGGUAUUACUCACAUUUUAGAAGUUAAAAAAAACAAAACAACAAACCCAAAGGCUUAAAAAGAACAAGGGAUUUGACUGACAUCACAAUUAAUAACUUGACCUUUUGAUUUAGAUCCCAGUUAUAUGCUUUUAUUUUACCUUUGUCAUUAAUUCACAGAUUUUGCCAGAGGUAGGGAGAGGAAUCCCUUAUUUUCUUUUGUCUGUUUUUCUUUUAAAGAUAAAUAUAUUUUUAAUGGUGUGUGUGUGAUGAGUGUAUAUUUUUCAAACUACUUAAAAGAUAGUGGGAAAAUUUUUGUUUAUGUUAAUCCCAACCUUUUUCAGGGUGAGAAAUAUAGGAAUAACCCUAUGAUAAACUUACUAGUUAUUUAAUGACCAUAAAUUAGGAAAAAAGUUGCCAUAGUUUGAUUUUUUUUUUUUUCUUCUAAAUCUGUAGCAGAGAUGUUAGUGAUCAGGGAAGGAAAUGGUAAUCAUGUUUUGCCUUUUAAUUUUAUGUACGUCAAAAACAUUUUCUUGGUAUCUUGUAUUUUUUUCUUUUCUCAUUUUGUCCUGGAAUUUCAAAAGACCACCAUGUGACAUUAGUUGUGAUAAAGUGUUAUUUUAAUUUAAGCCAUGUAGGAAUGGCUAUGUAUUAUUGCACAAAAAUAUAUGUGGAAAAAUUAACCAGAAACUCCUUUCUGGAUUUUUAUUGUAGUUAUUUGAUAUUUGUCACUACAGGAGUUCCACUUUAACAAGUGUUUUUUAAACCUCCACUCUAAUCAAGGCAUUUCCUAUUUCAGUGAAUGGUACCACUAUCACCCUGGUUCCCAAACUAGUAACCUAGAACUAUUCUUAGACACUUUGCUAACUCUUCCCACCCCCUGUCAGUUCUUUACCAGGUUCUGUCACCUCUCAAAUGUGUCUGCGUCUCUCUACUCACCACCUCCCUAGCUAUAAUCACACCUUUUGCCUGCUUUACUGCAGUUGCCUCCUACCUGGUCUUCCUACAGCUACUCUGGCCCUCCUCUGAUCUACUCUACUGCAGGCAGAAUUCUCUUUGGAAGUGCAGUUUUAAUCAAGGCAACCCUCCACCCCUAUUCUCACCCCUAGCUUAAGACAUUUUAAUGGCUUUUUCUUGCUCUUAAGAUGAAAACAAAAAUAUUUAUGUGACCUAUAUAUUAGAGCCACUAUUUACUUUUUAGUAUAAUUCAGGGCAUUAAAAGAGUUAAUGUCUCAAAACAUUAAAACAAUGGCUGACACAUAAUUUUAAAAAUACUCAAUAGGGGCGCCUGGGUGGCUCAGUCGGUUAAGUGUCUGCCUUUCCUCAGGUCAUGAUCCCAGGGUCUUGGGAUUGAGCCCUUCAUUAGGCUCCCUGCUGAGUGGGGAGCCUGCUUCUUUCUCUCUCUCUCUCUGCCAUUCCUCCCAUUUGUGCUCUCUGGCUGUCUCUCUCUGUCAAAUAAAUAAAUAAAAUCUUUAAAAAAAAAAAAAAAACUCAGUAGAGGUUAGUUGUUAUUACUACUGCUUAACCUCAUUGCACUUGAAGUAUAUGGAAUAAGUGAGAAUUAAACUGCUUCUUCUACCAUAGGAACCUUGUUCAUGUUCCUUUGGCUUGAAAUCCCUUCCCCUGUUCAUUGCUGAGUUGAAUUCUUAUUUGUAUUUCAGAUCUUAGCUUAUUUAUCACUUCCUCAGGGAAGCAUUCCUUAAUUUCAGUCACAGAGUAAGACCCACUCUUGUAUAUUAUCACAUGAACACAUACCUCUACUUAGCAUUGAACAUCUUUGUAAUUUUAUACAUAUUUGAUUAAUGUAGACUCUAGACUGUAAACUCCAUGAGGACAGGAAUUGUGUUUUUGUUGUCUGUGUUCAACUUUGUAUUCCUUACGCCUCAUAUCGUGGUUGGUACAUAGUAGGUGCUCAAUAAAUCCGUUGAAAGAAUAAAAUGAGUGGAUAAGGUAUCAAGGAUAUUUUCUAGGUAUUACGUUUUUCCUCUCAGUUGGAUUAAAAGGAGAUGGAACAUAGGAAGAAAGUAGGUGGUGGUAGUUAUUUAAAGGGUCAGACUCUUUGAGUCCAUAGUGAAAGAAAAAGGUGGGGAAUGGAGAAAUUUGCCAUACUGUUCUCUUCAGAAUUUUUAAUAUCUGAACUUAUAGUUGAUUUAUCUCAAACCAUCACAAAAUAGAAAAUUAGCACAUCACUUCAAAAAAUUGCUACAGUGCCAAAAUGUCAUCUGGCUUUGAUUGUAACAUAUGGUGUUGUGGCUGUCAAGAUCUGACAGUCCUAUCAGCUAAACAAAAUGGAAAUAAGGCCAAGAGAGUAGUGGCUGAAAUAGUUUUCAAUUUUGACAAAUUGACUAAUACCCAAGAUCAGUUAUGCCUAAUUCCUUAAAGUACAAAUAAUCUCACUUCAACUUGUGCGUAAGGAUGCUAAGAAAAGUCAAUUUUUUAAAAAAGAUUUUAUUUAUUUAUUUGCCAGAGAGAGAGAGAGAGGGCCUAAGGGAGCAAAGCAGGGAGAACGGCAAGUAGAGGGAGAAGCAGGCUCCCCACUGAGCAAGGAGCCCAAUGGGAAACUCGAUCCCAGGACCCUGGGAUCAUGACCUGAGCCGCAAGCAGACACUUAACCAACUGAGCCACCCAGGUGUCCCAGGAAAGUAAAUUUUGAGCUAUACUUAAGUUUACUUUUAGAAAAUGUAAAAUACUGGAAGUUGGAAUUACACAGGAUAUAGAAACACUAAAGCAAUAAUUAAUGUUUUUAAAACACUCAUUUCUUCAUUAAAUUAUAGUAAUUGAUAAUUUUUUUCUGCCUUUUUAGAGAAAUACAAAAGGUAGCAGGAAGCAAAAAUGUAAGUGUGAUAGUUUUUAUCAACCAUUAGAUAUUAUCUAAUGAAUCAUUGUAUAGUGGGGGGAAAUUCAUGUUACUGUUACAGUAUUGAAAUUUAGCAUAUGUAUUGCUAACACUAUUGUAUAGUUGUGUCAGGUUUGAGAAUUUGAAACUUAGAAAAAAGAAAUAUGAAAUCAACUUAAUAUCUUUUUUUCUAUUUGUAUAAUAAAACAUGUGCAAUAAUUCUUUGGUCUUAGAAGAAAACAUAUCACUAAAUCACGAAGAAUUAACUGGGUUUUAAAAUAUUAGAAACCAUUUAGACAAAAAGGCAAUACUAUAAUACUUAUAAAUUAGAUUUUAUUUUCAAUUUGCUUGUGUCAUCAAAAGUCAAUUCAUUCUUUACAAGUUAUACUGAACUGAAUGUUAAGUAAAAUUUCUCAUUCUUAAUUCUUUACUGUGUAUAUGAAAAAAUAUGCUCAUUUAGUGAAGAAAUACUUGAGCGUUAGGGAGGUUAGGAGAGUACAAUGAGGUGAUUUAGUCUUUAUCUUGCAGCCAUCCGGCAGAAUUGUUUUGGCUGAUAAGACAGAAAACUCAGAUACUGAAUCACAAAUGUCAUCCAGAAUAAAUGAGAAUGAAAAAUAGGUAUAUGAAAACUUAAAUAAGUAGAGACUACAAGUAUCUCUGCAGGAUAUGAGUGAAAAUAUAGGGGUAUGAUCAAAGCCCAUCAUUCACAACAUUUAAAAUCACUCCAAUAAAGUAGAUAGAUAGUAUAAUCAGAGCAGGAAAUUUUGAAAGUAACCAUAGUAAACAAAUACAGUGUAAGGAAAUUGGAGAGUAGUCCAAUAAUAAAGCACUUGAAAAAGAUUUAUGGUAAAGAAUUCACUUGAAUUAUAACCUAAAGCAAAAAAUUGAUAUGGAAAUUCUUAAUGUGCAAAAAUUGGCACAUGCAGAAAUUCAAUUCUUCAAUAAACGUUAUGCCCACAACUAUUAAGAUUCUAAUUUCAACAUGAAAAGUGAGGUGAGGACAUUCACUACUAUUGGAGACAUUUUAUUGGUAUAGCAAUAAUACAGCAUCUUAGCAUUCUGUCCAAAUUCAAUAUAUUUACUUAAUAAUACUUACUAGCAUUAUUAGCACAGGUAUGAUAAUCAUUUGCUGCUUUCUUCACUCUGGUUAUUUUUACUUCAUCCCUUGCAGUUGAACAAGAGAUUUUCCAUAUAAAACAUUAGAGUUACGAAGGCAAAAGGGUCUAAAGAGGGAUAUGGAAUAGGCAUGUUAAGCAACUUUUUAAUAUCCCAUUUCUAUAAAUUUCCCAAAUUUAAGGCAUUCCCAUAUUAUAGUAUCAAUAUAAAAACAUGGCAAGGCCAAGUAUAUUAAAAGUAGUAGCAUUUUGCUGCAUUAGUACAGAUAUUUGAGAAUUACUGUAAACAUAUAUGUAAGCCUUUUCCAUAAUUUUAGUGGCCCACAGUUAAUACUUAGCAAUUUUUACAUGUAUCUUUAAUAAGUCCCCUCCCCCUUUUUGGCCUUCAGAAUUCAGUUUCUUGUAAAAGUAUGUUUUGCUGAGUAGGCUUUAGCUUUGAUUUUGUAUCUGUCCACUUUUUGUGUAGCUUCAUUAAUGCCCAGAGGCCAUUAUAGUAUGACCAAUUUUAGAAACUGAAGCACAAAUAAUAUAAGAAUAUACACUGGUGAUUUUACAUUCAUUUUUCCUUCCUGCAUGUACAAUCAAUAUUGCAAUAUUAAGUCAAAGAAUAAAACUGUGGAAGAGUUAGGAAACUUAGAAGUCCUCUAAUUUGGCUUCCCACCCAAAAUCAGUCCAGAGUUUCCAAUGGGGAGUCACCAAAUUACAGCUGAAAUUCCUAAUGAGAAAACCUACCCCAUAAACCUUUCUGUUUUAAGUAGUUCUAAUUGGCCAUUUUUUUCCUAUUUGUGGAAUUAGAAUAGCUCCCUUUUACUACAUCAAGGUCCUACAGUUUUCAUUCACAUUACGAAAGCUGUUACAUCUCUUGCCAAGUCUCUUUUCUAGGCUCAGCAUCCCUAAUCCUUUAUUCUUUGAAAGACAAUUUCCAAAGACCACCAUUAUUUGUCAUUUGGAUGUACCUCAAUUUGCCAAAGUCCCUCUUAAAAUUUUGUCAUUUAAAUGUUUGGAUGCUUCUGUCUACACUUAAAAGAAAACCCACCUAAAAGUAGUGAUACCCUUAAAGUUUUAAAUAGAAGUAGUUUAAUAUUACAAAACAAUACAUCUGGAGAUAGGGUGGUUCUGGAUGCUCAUUGAUGUUACGAAGGAUUAUAUUCUUUCAUUUCUGUCAUCCUCACUGCAGGGGAUUUUAGCCUCAUACUUAACCUUCUCAUGGUUGCAAGGUGUCAGCAGCCAUCCAAGAAAACUACACAGCCACAUCCACGGGGUGGGGGAGGGGGAAGAGAGGGUGUUUUUCCUCUUUCCCUUUUAAAUAAAAUGUCCCAGAAAUUUCUCAGCAGAUGCGCCCUUUUAUAUCGAAAUACAUCGCAUUCCUGCCUAAACCACCGUUGGUUAAACUUGAUCACUUCCAGCGCUGCUGUGCAGAUGCUUCUCUCAGUAUGUAGCCACGCAGAGCUGUGAGAACCUGGUUAAAAGGGGCUCUGCCUACCAGACAGGAGGGGAAGCAGAUAGAUUUGAGUAGAAUCAACAGUGCUAGUCACCAAAAGCAAAUACUUAACACCAUGGUCUGACUGAUGAAUAUAAUGGGAUUUAUUUAUUUAUUUAUUAUUUUAAGAUUUUAUUUAUUUACUUAGAGAGCAUGAGAGGGGAGAGGGUCAGAGGGAGAAGCAGACUCCCUGUUGGGCAGGGAGCCUGAUGUGGGACUUGAUCCCGGGACUCCAGGAUCAUGACCUGAGCCGAAGGCAGUCGCUUAACCAAUUGAACCACCCAGGCGCCCUACAAUGGGAUUUAUUAACAUGAAACAUGCUUAAAAACUAGUACAUGACAGGCAGAGGGUCUGGUUAGGAUACCAGCUACCUAUUCCUGCCCACAUGGAUUCAAUCUGGUGGGGGAGAUUCACAAGUAAAUUUCAGUUUCAAUAUGAUAUGUUAAGUGACAUGAUAAGUGCAUGUAACCCAGUAUUGGGAAAUCACAAUGCUCCCCAGAGGAAAUGUCCUCUAAGCCAAAGUCUGAAAGAAGUAUCUGUUGGCCAAGGAGAAGUUUUUAGCAGUGAACAGGUUGGAGAUGAGUAUAUAUAUUGGAGCUUGGUUGCUUUCAGGAGAACCACACUACUAGUCCAGAUGGUUCUUUUUAGGGUAGUCCAAGAGUAUAUUUACUUGGUUUUUAAAACGCUUCCUCCUUCCAUAUGUAAUUUGUGCUGAUUUGUAACCAUCAGGACUUCUCCAUUCAUGUGCAUUACUACUGAUUCAGGUCUCCUUAUCCUAUAUAUUUGUAAUUUAUUUCUUAAACCUGAACAUAAGUCUUUCCAUUUGCCUCGUUCACGUAAGACCAAUUAGUCUAGGAGUGAACAAAAUUUUUUUCUGUAAAGAGCUAGAUAGUAUUUUUUUGCUUGAAAUUCAAUUAGCCAACAUAUAGUAGUAGUACAUCAUUAGUUUCAGAUGUAGAGUUCAAUAAUUCGUCAGUUGCAUAUAACAACAGUGCUCAUCAUGUCACGUGCCCUCUUUAAUGCCCAUCACUCAAUUACCCCAUCCCCCCCACCUCCCCUCCAGCAACCCUCAAUGUAUUUCCUAUAGUUAAGAGUCUCUCACGGGGGCACCUGGGUGGCUCAGUCGUUAAGCGUCUGCCUUCGGCUCAGGUCGUGGUACCGGGGUCCUGGGAUCGAGCCCCGCAUUGGGCUCCCUGCUCCGCGGGAAGCCUGCUUCUCCCUCUCCCACUCCCCUGCUUGUGUUCCCUCUCUCGCUGUGUCUCUCUCUGUCAAAUAAAUAAGUAAAAUCUUAAAGUCUCUCAUGGUUUGUCUCCCUCUCUGAUUACUUCCCAUUCAGUUUUCCCUCCCUUCCCUUAUGAUCCUCUGCACUGUUUCUUAUAUUCCACAUAUGAGUGAAAUCAUAUGGUAUUUGUCUUUCUCUGAUUGACUUAUUUAGCUCAGCAUAAUACCCUCCAGUUCCAUCCCCAUGGAUGUAAAUGGUAAGUAUUCAUCCUUUCUGGUGGCUGAGUAAUAUUCCAUUGUAUAUAGAUACAGAUAUAUAUACCACCUCUUUACCCAUUCAUCUGUUGGUGGACAUCUGAGCUCUUUCCACAUUCUGGCUAUUGUGGACAUUGCUGCUAUAAACAUCGGGGUGCAGGUGCCCCUUCGGAUCACUACAUUUGUAUCUUUGGGGUAAAUACCUAGUAGUGCAAUUGCUAGCUCAUAGAGUUGCUCUAUUUUCAACUUUUUAAAAAACCUCCAUACUGUUUUCCAGAGUGGCUGCACCAGCUUGCAUUCCCACCAACAGUGUAAGAGGGUACGCCUUUCUCCUAAUCCUCACCAUUUAUUGUUUCCUGUCUUGUUAAUUUUAACCAUUCUGACUGGUGUCAGGUGUAUCUCAUUGUGGUUUUGAUUUGUAUUUCCCUGAUGCCAAGUGAUGUGGAACAUUUUUUCAUGUGUCUGUUGGCCAUUUGGAUGUCUUCCUUGGAGAAAUGUCUAUUCAUGUCUUCUGCCCACUUCUUGACUGGAUUACUUGUUCUCUGGGUGUUGAGUUUGAUAAAUUCUUUAUAGAUCUUUAUCUGAUAUGUCAUUUGCAAAUAUCUUCUCCCUUUCCAUCGGUUGCCUUUUGGUUUUGUUGACUGUUUUCUUUGCUGUGUAAAAGUUUUUUAUCUUGAAGUCCCAAUAGUUCAUUUUUGCUUUUGUUUUCCUUGCCUUUGGAGAUGUGUCUAGCAAGAAGCUGUUGUGGCCAAGGUUGAAGAGGUUGCUGCCUGUGUUCUCUAUGAUUUUGAUGGAUUCCUGUCUCUCAUUUAGGUUUUCAGCCAUUUUGAGUUUAUCUUUGUCUGUGGUGUAAGAAAAUGGCCUAGUUUCAUUCUUUUGCAUAUGGCUGUCCUAUUUUCCCAGCAGCAUUUAUUGAAGACACUGUCCUUUUUCCAUUGAAUCUUCUUUCCUGCUUUAUCGAAGAGCAGUUGACCAUAGAGUUGAGGAUCCAUUUCUGGGUUCUCUAGUCUGUUCCAUUGAUUGUAUGUGUCUGUUUUUGUGCCACUGAUGAUUACAGCUUUGUAAUAUAGCUUGACGUCUGGCACUGUGAUGCCCCCAGCUUUGGAUUUCCUUUUCAACAUUCCUUUGGCUAUUCGGGGUCUUUUCUGGCUCCAUACAAAUUUUAGGAUUGUUUGUUCCAGCUCUAUGAAAAAAGUUGGUAUUUUGAUAGGGAUUGCAUUGAAUGUGUAGAUUGCUCUGGGUAGCAUAGACAUUUUAACAAUAUUCUUCCAAUUCAUGAGCAUGGAGUGUUAUUCCAUUACUUUUGUCUUCCUCAAUUUCUUUCAUUAGUGUUCUGUAGUUUUUAGAUUAUGGAUCCUUUACCUCUUUGGUUAAGUUUAUUCCUAGGUAUCUUAUGGUUUGGGGUGCAACUGUAAAUGGGAUCAGUUCCUUAAUUUCUCUUCUGUCUCAUUGUUAGUGUAUAGAAAUGCAACUGAUUUCUGUGCAUUGAUUUUAUAUCCUUCCAUGUUGCUGAAUUCCUGUAAGAGUUCUAGCAAUUUUGGGGUGGAGUCUUUUGGGUUUUCCACAUGGAGUAUCAUGUCAUCUGUGAAGAGUGAGAGUUCUUUGCCAAUUUGAAUGCCUUUUAUUUCUUUUUGUUGUCUGAUUGCUUACACUAGGACUUCUAGAACUAUGUUGAACAACAGUGGUGUGAACACAUCCCUGCUGUGUUCCUGACCUUAGGGGAAGAGCUCUCAGCUUUUCCCCCAUUGAGAAUGAUAUUUGCUGUGGGCUUUUCGUAGAUGGCUUUUAAGAUAUUGAGGUAUGUUCCUUCUAUCCCUACACUUUGCAGAGUUUUAAUCAAGAAAGGAUGCUGUAUUUUGUCAAAUGCUUUUUCUGCAUUGAGAGGAUUUUAUGGUUCUUGUUCUUUCUUUUAUUUUUUUUUAAGAUUUUAUUUGUUUAUUUGACAGAGAGAGAGCACAAGUAGGCAGAGAGGCAGGCAGAGGGAGAGGGAGAAGCAGGCUCUCUGCUGAGCAGGGAACCUGAUGUGGGGCUCGAUCCCAGGACCCUGGGAUCAUGACCUGAGCCGAAGGCAGAUGCUUAACCACCUGAGCCACCCAGACGCCCCUUGUUCUUUCUUUUAUUAAUGUGAUGUAUCACAUUGAUUGAUUUGCAGAUGUUGAAGCACCCUUGCAGCCCAGGGAUAAAUCCCACUUGGUCAUGGUGAAGAAUCCUUUUAAUGUACUGUUGGAUUCUAUUGGCUAGUAUCUUGGUGAGAAUUUUGGCAUCCAUGUUCAUCAGGGAUAUUGGUCUGUAAUUCUUUUUGGUGGGGUCUUUGUCUGGUUUUGGGAUCAAGGUGAUGCUGGCCUCAUAGAAAGAGCUGGGAAAUUUUCCUUCCGUUUCUAUUUUUUGAAAGAGCUUCAGAAAAAUAAGUAUUACUUCUUCUUUGAAGGUUUGGUAGAAUUCCCCUGGGAAGCCAUCUGGCCCUGAAUUCUUGUUUGUUGGAAGAUUUUUGAUUAUUGCUUCAAUUUCCUUGCUGGUUAUGGGUCUGUUCAGGUUUUCUAUUUCUUCCUGUUGCAGGUUUGGUAGUUUAUAUGUCUCUAUGAAUGCAUCCAUUUCUUCCAUAUUGCCUAAUUUAUUGGCAUAUAGUUGCUCAUAAUAUGUUCUUGAAAUUGUUUUUAUUUCCUUGGUGUUGGUCAUGCUCUCUCCUCUUUCAUUCAUGAUUUUAUUAAUUUGGGUCCUUUCUCUUUUCUUUUUGAUAUGGCUGGCCAGAGGUUUAUCAAUCUUAUUAAUUCUUUCAAAGAACCAGCUUCUGGUUUCGUUGAUCCCUUCUACUAUUCAUUUGGUUUCUAGUUCAUUGACUUCUGCUCUGAUCUUUAUUAUUUCUCUUCUCCUGCUUGGUUUAAACUUUAUAAGCUGUUCUUUCUCCAGCUCCUUUAGGUGUAAAGUUAUCUUGUGUAUUUGAGACUUUUCUAGUUUCUUGAGAAAGGCUUGCAUUGCUAUCUACUUCCCAAGAGCUACAUAGUAUUUUGUGGACUGUGUAGUCUCUGUUGCAGCUACUCAACUCUGCCCCUAUAGAGUGAAAGCCCCACAGACAAUAUGUAAAGGAGUGGGCAUGGCUAUGUUCCAGUAAAGAUUUAUAGAGGAGGUACUUGGCCAUCGUCUGUCAACCCUGAUCUAAACCUAGACUACCUGUGUUAUUCCAGUCCCAGGAUAACUUACACACAGCACAGGAAAGUGAGAUUCUAUAUAUCUUCCUAGUCAGUCUUCCAUAGAGAUGCUGACCUGAGAAAGAAUGUGGAUCUGUAAUUAAAUUGUAUUAACCAUGCGACUUGAUCAGAGUCCGUGGACAAAGCUACAUGCCCAGAUACUUAAGCUCACAAGUUCAUUCAACAUUUAUAUAUUACACCUCCUUCCUUAGUUAUCUCUCUUACUUCCACCCACAUUCUCAAGCAGUGCCUUCUUGGAUGGCCAUACAGUUUUAUCCUUUCAUUAUCAUUAUAUUAGAGUGGUUUGGUGCCUUUGACAAACUGUUUUGUCCCUUUCCAACCCUUCCUUGGUGAUAACUCUAAUACUAUUAAGUUUUCUUCCAGAGUAUGCAUGUUGUCUCUAUGGUCAAAAACAUGUGAAAACAGAGGGCACUGAUGGCAUUUGUUGUCUGACCUCCUAUGUUCCACCCUCUGUAUUAGUUUUCUGUUGCUGCCAUAACAAACUACCACAGAGUUAUUAUUUCACAGUGCAGCAGGUCAGAAGUCUGGGUAUGGUGGGGCUCAGCUGGGUCCACUUCUUAGGGUCACACAAGGCUGAAAUGAAGGAGUCAGCAGAGCUGCAUUCCCUUCUGGAGUCUUUGGGGUGAAUCUGCUUCCAAGCACAUUCAGUUUGUUGACCAAAAUCAGUUCCUUGCACUUUUAGGACUGCAGUCUCAUUUCCUUGCUACUGCCUUCUCUUUUUUUUUUUUUUUUAAAGAUUUAUUUAUUUAUUUGAGAGAGAGAGAAUGAGAGAGAGUACAUGAGAGGGGGGAGGGUCAGAGGGAGAAGCAGGCUCCUCGCUGAGCAGGGAGCCUGAUGCGGGACUCGAUCCCGGGACUCCAGGAUCAUGACCUGAGCUGAAGGCAGUUGCUUAACCAACUGAGCCACCCAGGCGCCCCUACUGCCUUUCUCAUCUGAGAAUUGUUCUCAGCUUCUAGAGGUCACCACGUUCUUUAGCUUGAGACACCCUUUCUCCAUUUUCAGAGUCAGUAAGAGCAGGUUGGGCCCUUCUCACACUUUACAUCUCUCUGACCUCUCCAUUCCGUCUCAUCUCUUCUCUCUCUACCUGGAGAAAGAUCAUCACUUAUAAGGGCUCCUUUGAAUAGCUUGGGCUCACUUAGAUAAUACAGGAUAAUCUCUCUGUUUAAAGGUCUGUAACCUUAAUUAUAUCUGCAGAGUCCCUUUUGCCAUGGAAAACACUGUAAAGUUCUGGGGAGGGAAGUGAAUCUUUGCAGGUCAUUAUUUCGCUUAUCACAACCUACCUCCUUCCCUCCCUCCCUCCC